UUUUGCUGUCUGUGAGCCGAGUGAGCUGCCUACCUAGACAGCAUUUUGGGACAUCUCAUUUGCGUUUGACUGUUUUCCGAAAUGCUGUCUAGGAAGGCGGCUCACAAGGUUUUAGACCCCAACCAACGUUAGCUUUAUUGCUAGUGAACACGGAAUUGCUGCUACUCGGGAAUUGAAACAAUCAUCCAGCCUGGAUUUGGCGGCCAGAAGGAAGGUGCAGCGUGGCAUCCCUCUCCUCCUCUCAUGUCCCCUCCCUGUGUGUCCUUGCAUGUCAGUGCCCCCUCGUCAUCCUCCCCGUGUCUCACCCUGCCAGCCCUCUGUGUUCCUCCCCCUCAUGCUUGGGACAGACUGGCCUCACUGUCAGACCAAUGACUGCCUGGAUCAUACUUCCUGUCAGCCUGGCUGCCUUCUCUAUCACGGGGAUAUGGAUAGUAUAUGCUAUGGCUGUAAUGAACCAGCACGUUUGUCCUGUCGAAAACUGGUCAUACAAUGUAACAUGCACAGAGGAAACAGCUAAACUGGGCUUCCCAAAAACAUGUUGCACCAUUCAAGACAUCCCCCUCAUCAGUAAAUGUGGAUCUUUCCCUCCCGAGAGCUGUCUUUUCAGUCUCAUUGGUAAUGCGGGAGCUUUCAUGGUGGUGUUGGUGUGUCUGUUACGUUAUGCUCAGAUCAUCGAGCACAGGAACCACUGCUGGCUCAACACCAGUGGACUUGUGUCUGGAUGCACUAAUGCUGUGGGACUGGUCAUGGUGGGCAACUUCCAGGUGGACCACGCUAAAACACUUCACUAUGUAGGUGCGGGCGCCGCCUUCCCAGCAGGCAUUCUGUUCGUGUGUUUGCAGUGUUUGCUGACCUACCGGGUGGCUGUCACAGCUCUGGACUACUGGAUGGCUCAUGUGCGGGUGGCACUGGCUACUGGUGCUCUCAUCACACUGGUUCUCAGUGGGAUAUUCUUCAUCCAUGAGAGCUUUGUUUUACAACAUGCAGCAGCCAUCUGUGAGUGGGUCUUCACUGUAGUCAUCCUCGUGUUCUACGGGACUUUCACCUAUGAGUUCGGCACCGUCACCACCGAGACCAUGUUGGCCGGCCUCCAGCUGAACCUCUUGCACGGACCCGGCGUCAUGAUCGGAGACGAUGUCCAAGCAGACACCCUGGUAGGUGCCACCACAAAGGGUUUGAAAUCUCCCGGAGGAAGCAGCACCUCCACCCAUCUGAACAGCACUCCUGAGAACAUAGCAAUGCUUUAAACACAUCAGCACACAUGGUCACAUAUUGCCAGGUGGGAAGCCUCACGAUGGGGCAUCCUGCGUUUAACACCACACUUAGGCUGAGAUCAAAGUCAUUUAGAGAAACCGUCCAGUCUGGAGUCGAGGCAGGUUUACAGG